UCGUGAGCAAUCUGCCAACCCCCCAUCCCCACCCCUACCCCUCUAGCCAAACCGCUUCUUCAACUCCUUCAUUCGUCAUCCACCUUUUCACACUCAAUCCUAUUCUCGUCUAGUCUAGUUUUCCUCUUCAAAUAAUACUACUACUAGAGAAUAUAUAGGAGGCAAACGGGUGGAGGAAGAAUCAAGAAAGAAAAUCGUAACAUGACAGCUGCCGGCGGUGGGUCAUCAUCGGGGAGGUUACCCACUUGGAAAGAAAGAGAGAAUAAUAAGAGAAGAGAAAGAAGGAGAAGAGCCAUAGCUGCCAAGAUUUUUUCUGGCUUACGAGCUCAGGGCAACUAUAAGCUUCCUAAACACUGUGAUAAUAACGAAGUCUUGAAAGCUCUCUGUUCUGAGGCUGGUUGGAUUGUUGAAGACGAUGGAACUACCUAUCGCAAGGGAGGGAAACCACCCCUGGUUGAGUUAACAGGUGCUUCAGCUAGUAUCAGUGCAUGUUCAUCUAUCCAACCAAGCCCAGCAUCCUCUUCCUUUCCUAGUCCUGCACCUUCUUACCAUGCCAGUCCUGGGUCAUCCUCGUUUCCCAGCCCCUCUCGUGGCGAUACAAACCCCCCAUCUUACAUUCUUCCUUUCCUCCACAAUUUAGCUUCCAUUCCCAACUCCCUACCUCCUCUACGUAUAUCCAACAGUGCCCCUGUAACCCCUCCUCUUUCUUCCCCAACUAGAGGUUCAAAGCGUAAACCUGAUUGGGAGCCUCUUUCUCAUAUCAAAUUACCGCCUUCAUUGCCGCACUCUCUUUUUGCUGCUUCAGCACCAUCGAGUCCUACACGACGUCAGCAUUUCACACCUGCCACAAUUCCAGAAUGCGAUGAGUCUGAUAUAUCCCCAGUCGAGUCUGCUCGCUGGGUGAGUUUCCAGACAGCCCCAGCUGCUCCAUCUUCACCCACAUUCAACCUUGUGAAACCUGCCACUCUGCAAAAUCAUCAGGAUGUAGUCGAUGGUCGUGGACAGUUUCCCUGGGGUGCAGGGGCACAAAGGGGAUGUGGCUCUGAAUUUGCAUUUGAGAGUUGCACAGUGAAGGCAUGGGAAGGUGAAAGAGCACAUGAAAUUGGGGUGGAUGACUUAGAGCUCACCCUGGGGAGUGGAAAGGCCCAUGGUUAAGCCUCCUGUCUAGAUAGUUGAUGAUAGAAGAUGAACGCAAAAGGACUCACUAGGGUCUUCAUAUCUGCAUAAUUUCUUAUCACUACAUUGUAAUCUGUUUCUGCUGGUGGAGGUCUCUUGAUCUCCUCUUUGAUGCUUGCUGCCAGAUUUGCUUCCGCUAUGAAGUCACAGACUUGUUAGCCUCCAUUGCUGUAUUUUCAGAUACUGUCGACCACCAAAAAGCAUUACUCUUGAUGCAUAUAAUGAGGACUGGAGAGUAGAGGAAGUAAAGGGGUGGCGUAAUAUUUUUUCUUUCUUGUUUAUAUUAGAUUCUUUCUUUAAGGUUGUCACUGAUUAGAGGACAUCUAUUCAGUUAAUUACUUGUCACAUAAUUUGGGGCUGGAGAAUGUGUUUCUCUUGUAGACAUAACUAAAACGUUGAAAUUGAGUUGAUUAAUGGUUGAUUGAUCAGUAUUCUUGCUGGCAAGUUUAACAGCCAUUUGUUUCU